GGAGAAAGUGACUGAGACUAAAGUGACUUUUUUGACUGAAAGUUUUGAUCAUGACAUAAUGGAUCCUACGGUUGCUGAAUUGGUCGAGCGAUGGAGCUCGCUGUACAAAGAGGGCCGGUUCUCCGCCCUAAAUGUACGAGAGUAUUGGCGUGUGAAAGUCCCGGAAAUAUACUCACCACAGCCAAAUUGGAAUUGCCUCAGGAUCACUUUUGAUGAGGAGUUGGCGCAAAAGAUGCUAUUUGACCCCCUUGAGAGGUUCAUGUGUGGUGGUGAUCCAUCUCAAGUUUACCAGAUGGUACGGCAACUAGACACGCCUCCUUCUCUGUGCGGUAGAGUUUUUAAAAAUGGAGAUCCCACAUACGGGUGCAGAGACUGCGGCAUGGAUCCCACGUGUGUUCUUUGCGCUGAUUGUUUCAAGAAUUCAGCACAUAGUAAACAUAGGUACAAGAUCAGUACAUCUUCAGGCGGAGGAUACUGUGACUGUGGUGACCGGGAAGCAUGGAAGAGUGAUGUAUUCUGUGAUAUUCACAUUAAGGGUCAAAUGGCCGAGCAGUCUAAAAAUCCUUUGGAAAUGAUCCCUCCCGAUUUGAUUGAAAGAAUCCAUUUGAUAUUUGACUGCAUUUUGCCUUAUGCUAAGGAAUUGCUUACCUAUGAGGAAGGCUUCUCAAUACCGAAGGAUCUGGAAAUCAGGGAACAGGACAGAGAACCUACCAAUCUCUCAAGCUUGUAUGAUAGCAAAGACACAUUUGUCACAAUGUUGUAUAACGAUGAGACACAUACCUAUGAUCAGGUUAUCAACACACUUGAGCGUGCCAUUGAUUGCUCACAGAAAGAUGCAGUAGCUUUUGCAACAAGUAUUGACAGAGAAGGUCGCUGUAUUGUGAGAUGCUCAUCCUUCCAACAGUGCUCUCAGACAAAGAAUGUGAUGGAAAAACAAACCUCAAGAGGAAGUGGACGGCCAUUGAGAGUGCAGGUGAUGCCAACAUAUGUCAUAGCACACCAGAUAUUUGCAUCCAGACUGUUGACUUGGCUCCACAACAUCCUUGAAUCAGCUCAGGCUUUCAGGCUGAUCUUCAGUGAGAUUGUUAAUAGGGAUGGAGGAAGCAUUGUUGAAAAUAUUAUCUGGACUGACACUAAGAUGUGGAAGACAGCACGUGUGCAAUGGCAUAGACUAUUCAUCUCUGGCAUGUUGAUGGACCAGGAAAGCAAGAAAAUGUUUGCUCGAACAUUCACGAAAAACUACAGCAGAAUGAUGAAAGACUUCAUUCUGGAUGAUCAUGAUCAUGCAGUCUCUGUGGCCUCCUUGGGUGUACAGUUGUUCACUAUGCCCACCAUUGCUCACAUGUUGGUAGCAGAGGAGGAUGUGCUAGCUCGCUUGCUGAACACUUUCUUGUCAGAGUGUGAUAAGAAGCUGAAAGACAACAAAUUGGCUCUUGAACAAAGAAGCUCAAACACCUUGUCUUUCCGCCGCAUACAAUAUAUAUUGUAUGACCUCAAAUAUUUGUUGGGAGUAAAGCCAGAGGUGUGGACUCGCGAACUCCGCUGUGGUUUUCUACAUGGCUAUAAUCUCCUGCUCCGCCUUCUAAGUAUGAUGCAGGGCAUGGAUCCGAUGGUUCGACAAGUAGGCACACACAUGGAAUAUGAGCCGGAAUGGGAAUCGGCCUUUAAUCUUCACAUAAAGUUAGCUGCUGUUAUUCCUCUUGUUAUAGAAUGGGCAGCAUCAGAUCGCAUUGUACUUAUCAAGGCUUACCGACUGCUAAUGAAGUCCUUGGCUGAACUAUGCACUGAAGAUAUGAAGAGGAGGUAUGUCAGAGAGUUGCUGGACUACUCUGUGUCCUGCAUUGAGUAUGAUGUCUCCUCGGCACCAGUGUCUAUCCACCUCCCCCUCUCACGGCUGGUGGCAGGCCUCACACUCCACCUGGACAAGUAUGGCCUGAACUACAACUCCCCUGAGUUCUUGGUGAAGGGAAAGCCAUCCCCUGAGGAGCUUAUGGAGCCAGUGCUGAGGACUCAGGUCAUGAUUGCGCAGGUCCAUGCUGGAAUGUGGCGCAGAAAUGGCUUCUCCCUCAUCAACCAGAUCUACUUCUACCAUAAUGUGAGGUGCAGGCAAGAGAUGCUGGAUCGUGAUGUGAUGCUGCUGCAGAUUGCAGCCACAUUGAUUGACUCUAAUGAGUUUUUGGUGCACCUUCUGAACCGUUUCAACCUUAUAAGUUGGGCACAGGAGGACUAUGAAAUGCAGUAUCUUAGGGAUGUUGUUGAGGAUGGUUUAGAGGGUAAAGCGCACGCCACUUCCGCCACCCCCCACCGUGCCUUCCGGGUGUUUAAGCAAGUACACUUGGUGCUGGGGAAUUCAAGCAAGCUAGGUAAUGAUGAGGACAACAUGAGACAAACAGUUGUCCUGGUUGAAGAGUACCUGCAGCUGGUGAUGACCAUUGUGUCGGAGCGCUACACCCCUGGAAUUGGCCAGAUUGGCGAGGAGGAGAGAAUCAAAAAGGAAAUUAUCCAACUUUUGAGCAUAGAGCCCAUGCCACACUCGGUACUUAACAAGGCUCUGCCCGAGGGAACCAACCACGAGACUGGCAUGGAGAAGGUUCAGACAGAAUCUGAGCUUUGACAUCGAUAAAUCAGAAUACCUCUGCCCUCUGUGUGAGGCUCUGUGCAACACAGCCCUCCCCCUCCUUCCUAGUGUGACGACGACGGCAGUCAACCUGCGCAACCAGGAGCCCCCAUCUGCCACACCCACCAUCUCCCUCACAGACUGGAUCAAGGGUCUACAGACUAUUCUCAAGCAUAAGACUGUGGUGAUGUCAGGGUCUCAGCCCGAAGAGGGAGAAGGCAGCAGCUCCCACGAAGACCUUGACAUGGAUGCCUCCCUGCUCCUAGGUGUGGUUACAACCUCAGGUGCUGUGGUUACCCAUGGUACCUCGAGCUUGCCAGCCAUGUCAAGCCCAGUGGGGGCUGGUGGGGGGACCUCCAUACUGGUCAGUGGUGGAGGAGGAAGAGGAGGAGCUGCUGCAGGUGGUGGUGUUGGCUCAGCUGCCAUGCUCUUAAGGCAGCAGCAGAUAGAGGGUGACGGGGGACAGAGAGGGCGAUCCCUAAAGUGGUCCCGGCUCCAGCUCUACAAGAAACAUAAAAAGUCCGUUCAUUCGCAUCGUGAUGGGAAGGAAGAGGAGGAAGACACCAACUGUGUAGAAGGCACCUGGACACCCCCAUCUCUCCCAUCGGUGGUGAUGGAUCUCAUGUCCAUCACCUCUCCAGAAACGGCCGAGGCAUUCACCAACCUGUUCAGCAAUCUGGCAGCCACUACCAUCCCUGCAAUCCCAAGCUAUACUAUGAACAUGAUGUCCAACUUUGCACAUGCAGUCUAUGUGCAUGGUCUAGGUGUACACCCCAAUUUAUCAAGUAGACGUAUCCCACUAAUGGUUUGGGCCAGCGCUGCAUACACUAUCCUAACCCUGGAAGAGACGCAGCGUAAUGCCAACCGUGCUCUCCUUACCUCAUUGUCAUCAAGGCAGAGGGACUGCCUCUCUGCCCUUAUUAGAUUUGCAGCCUACGUACCCCAGUGUGUCAAAAAGAAGCAAGCUAUUGAAAGUGCUAGUGUUCGUUUACUAAGUGUCAUCCUGGAGGGAGGAGAAACGGCUCCUUGUAUUUUGGAGUGGGAUUCCUUCAGUGCAUUAGUCACUUUCAGUUUGAGUUUGCCAUCUAUUUUCCCAAAGAUCUUGGGAAUGGCUGUUGGUUCUAUGCAGGAUCUGUACCUACUUCAAGUGUGUUUCCUGGCCCACCUAGUCCAGCUUCUCCUCACCUAUGAGAAGCAGAACCCAGUCUCAGAGAUGGAGGUAGAGGUUGAGGAAGAGGUGGGUGAGGAAGCACCCAAGGACAGUGCUGAGGAGAGUGGAGCAGCCACCGGUGAUGCUGAGUGGUUGGUGUCGAUGCUGGACCACUGCAGAAGAAUGGCCAGUCUGCCGCCCAUUGCCGUGCAGCCCCAGCGUCUCCUGGCGUACAUUAAGGAAAACUGCUUGCCGUUUUUGAGGUGCUGUGGCCUGUUCUUCCACUUCCUUACCGAGGUGCCAGCCCCGGAGGAGCUCCAAUCCUCUGUGUUUGUGUGGGAAUCGGAAUUCUACUGUCUCCUCCGCUAUUUGGGCUUGUCCAUAAAUCAGCUGCGGCCCACAUUUGAUGAUCCAGCUCUUUUGGAACUAGUCAGUAGAUGGUGCAGUGACAGUCGUGUGCGAACCCUGGUCACCAGUGCUGGGAGUGAAUCCUGUGUUAAUUCAUGGACACGGAUCAACCAGCUUGUUAGCCUGCCACACGAUUAUUCUGAGCUGAUAAACACGGUGUCACAGUUUCCUUGUCCUGCAUCAUCCGGUGAUGACUCGCGUACUCCAACCAUGUGUCUAGUCUGUGGGAAGAUGCUAUGUUCGCAGAGCUAUUGCUGCCAGACGGAGUUCCCAGAAGGCUCUCGGGUGAUGGUGGGCGCCUGCACCUACCACGCCCAUUACUGUGGUGCAGGGACAGGUAUCUUCCUAAGGGUGCGUGAGUGCAAGAUCCUUCUCCUAUCUGGCAGAAUUAAAGGUUGCUUUGUGAGCCCCCCAUACCUGGACGAGUAUGGUGAAACAGACCAGGGACUGAAGCGUGGCAAUCCCCUACACCUGGAUGCUACACAAUAUUCGCGGUUGCAUGCCAUGUGGCUUUCACACUCCAUUCCAGACAUCAUCGCUCACACAGUAGAGAGCAAUUCUGGUGUUGUGCCGACAGAGUGGCAACAUCUGUAACCUCUUUAUGAGUGGGGGGGAAAGAAAUAUAGAAAAGAAAAAUUGUGAGACAGACAAAGACAGAAAAGAGAAAAUGACAUUUAUUUUCUUCCAUACAAGAAAAUGAAAAAAAGAGAUUAUGGAAAGGUUUCCUAUAAUUUUCGAGUGCUUGAAUGACAGUAGUACAGUAGAAAUUGCCUUUCUUACAAUUAUUUUUUCUCACAAUCUUGCUUAUGUUUAUAUGAAAAUUUAUUAGUUACACAUACAGAAAGAAAAUUGCCUUUCUUACAAUUAUUUUUUCUCACAAUCUUGCUUAUGUUUAUAUGAAAAUUUAUUAGUUACACAUACAGAAAGAAAGAUGAGCCUCCAGCUCUUCAAAAGACACUAUAGAAAAUAAGUCAUUGUGUGUGCGUGUGUAUAUAUAUAGUUUAUCUUGAGCUACUCUACUAAUAAACUUGUUUCAACUUAGAUGUUUGCCAGGAUCUUUAAAUUUCUUAAGAUUAUAGAAUUUAGUUACAGGUGUGAAAAAUGUAGAAUGAAAUGUCUUCAACAGAAUUCUAAAGUGCUAUUUAAGUUGUCGUAGCAAAGAUGUAAUUAAAAGAAAAGAAAAGAAAAAAAAAAA